CGUGCAGUAAGCGUAGUGCGUGCGUUCGUGCGUCGAGCCCGAGCUUCCUAAAUCUCUCAAAUCGGAGCCGCGCAACAGAUUGGUCUCUCUUGCAGUAGAAAGCCGAAGAAUGACUAUCUGCAAUGGCAACUUGUUGACCCCCGAAUACGCUAAGGUGGAAGCCACCACUCGCGACUUGGAAAUAUCCAAUGAUGCCUUGGAGAAGGUCAUGGGGGUACUCCUUGUCGAACUCAACAAAGGCCUCAAGAAAGAGACGAAUCCAACGGCGGACAUCAAGCAAUAUAUAACAUACGUGCGAGACGUACCCGACGGAAGCGAACGGGGUAAGUUUCUGGCUCUCGAUCUCGGAGGAACCAACUUCAGAGUCCUCCUCAUCGAAAUCGACGGAGACAAAGUCAAGAUGGACACGGCCAUCUACGCUGUCCCGCAAGAAAUCAUGCUCGGCACUGGAACGAUGCUGUUCGAUCACAUUGCCGAGUGUCUCGCUACGUUCACGAUGGAACGAGGGAUCUACGGUCAACGUCUCCCGUUAGGCUUCACUUUCUCGUUCCCUUGCCGUCAAGAAGGUUUGACGAGAGCUCGUCUAGUGCAGUGGACGAAAGGAUUCAAGUGCAAAGGGGUCGAAGGCGAGGACGUUGUGUCCCUCCUCAGGGCAGCUAUUGCCCGACGUGGUGAUGUCCAGAUCGAUGUGAUGGCCGUCGUGAACGAUACGACCGGCACGUUGAUGUCGUGCGCUCACAGAAACAAGGAGUGCAGACUCGGUGUAAUUGUCGGAACCGGAACCAACGCCUGCUACAUGGAAAAGAUCGCCAACUGCGAGCUCUGGGACGGUGACGACCAGGAACCACGUCAGGUAAUCAUCAACACCGAAUGGGGAGCGUUCGGAGACAACGGUUGCAUCGACUUCAUCAGGACGCAGUACGAUCAGGAAGUCGAUCAGGAGUCCCUCAAUCCGUCGAUGCAGAAAUUCGAGAAGAUGAUCAGUGGAAUGUACAUGGGAGAGCUCGCUAGGAAAGUCAUAGUUCGUUUAGCCGGCGAGAAUCUCUUGUUCAACGGGAGACUUUCUCAGAAGAUGAAGACGCCGUAUCUCUUCAAGACGAAAUAUAUCUCAGAAAUCGAAAGCGACCCCAAGGGCUGCUUCGAGGAGACUAGGAAAGUUCUCGCCAAGCUCGACCAAGUUGGCAGUGACGACGACUGUCAGUGCCUCAAAUUGGUGGUUUCAAGAGUGUCGUCGAGAGCCGCACAUUUGGUAUCGGCGGCAAUCGCCACCGUUCUGAACAAAAUGAAACGUCCACACACCACCGUCGGCGUCGACGGUUCUGUUUAUCGUUACCACCCGAAAUUCCAUCAGUUGAUGGUGGCCAAAAUUGCCGAACUCACCAAUCCUGAUUAUAAAUUCGACUUGAUGCUUUCGGAAGACGGCAGCGGCCGAGGCGCCGCCCUGAUUGCCGCUGUCGCCGUGAGGAACAUCGAAAGGGGUGGAAAGUCGCCUUGUAUGGGUAUAUAAAUUCUGUUCGAUCACAACUGAUUGAUUGACUGAUCGAUUGGUCGGUUGUUUGAUCGAGACAUCCGGAGGGAACAUUCGGAUUGAGGGAAGCCACUAGAUAUACAAUGUGUACCGAAAGCUAGAACACCGAAAAUUCCGUAUGUUCAACACAAUCUCAGAAUACGAGGCGCAAUCUCACCACCAACAUUGCUUUGUCUUUCAAGGCCAAUUAUUGUUUUAAAGGCCCUGCGUGGUGCUUUUGGAGUCUUCGAUGUAAAGAGAGAGUAGGCAGACAGCUGAUUACGGAUCGAGUUGUUGCGAAACAGCGUGGGCUGUCGAGAGAAAUCGAACAGUUCACUUUCCUGCUCCUCUCCGGGGAAAAUCGACCUUUUCUUCCGAUAUGAGACCGGCAAAUGGGACGUUGAUUGGGCCGGUAUCGGACGACCGGUGAAAACCGACUUCAGACUUCGGAACCCAAUCCUUACUUAGUCUCGCCCCCUCGGAUUAGUGGCGAUAUCCGUCGAUACAGUGUAAUGAGAUGAAGACAAAUACAGUGACUCGAGUCGAGAUCACGUAGGCAAUUUUUGAAGGGCUUCUACGAAAAUUGUUCGCCGUAGCUGGCUACUUUGUUCCUAUUUAAAGAUAGAAAAACAUGACAGACAGAGGAUCGCUAUGUUUGUUAAUGUUGAUUCAUCAACGAAAUCAGCAGUGACAUCAACAAAUUCAAUCCGCGACGAAUCGAUCAUUUAGCACGUCGAAGGAUUGUAUCCAUAGAGCUAAGGUCAAGACGUGACGAUACUUAGACGCAUCGGAGAAUGACAUCUCCACAUAUACAGAGAGACGAAAUCGAUUAUCUCUUCAAAGACACGAGGAGUUGAUAUCUUAGAAAGCUCGAGUUCGUUGCGAGCGACGACAGAGACAACAAAAUCCAGGGAGGCCACUGGGAGUCUUCCAUCUAUGAACGAACUAGAAACCUGUAUGAUCACAGCCCGAAAACAUAUACAUAAGUUAGGAGUCGCAGGGGGAGAUGACGAAUGCGAAUCUGAACCAAGGUUCGAAAGAGCCACGCUGUCGGCCUUUCUAUCGCUUGCGGAAGUGUCUCCGUUCGCGAGUCCGUGUUUCGUCUCUAGUCCUCCGUUCAACUGUUCAAGCUCAGUCUUAGCGAAGUUCGGAGACGAAAACGAUCACGAUCAUAUAAAUUAGGACCCGAAUUAGAUUGGAAACUUAUACUAUGUAUUUAUUGAAUUUUCGCGUUCGAGAUGUAACUCUGACGAUACGGUCGGAAUGGCCGUCUCAGCGUACAGUAGACGAGAAUAAAUUUAGUUUCAA